AUCGUCAAUUUCUAGAUCAUCAAGCAAUCUAUUGCAAAACCCUAGCCCUCUUCUUUGCUUUUCGUCCCGUGCAGCGCCCUCAGCCUACCCGUCCACUUCGCUUCAGCGCCUCCGCAUCGCAAUGGCUUCCGAGAAGAAGCUGUCGAACCCAAUGAGAGAAAUCAAAGUGCAGAAGCUCGUUCUCAACAUCUCAGUUGGUGAGAGUGGCGAUCGUCUCACCCGUGCUGCUAAGGUCUUGGAGCAACUCAGUGGCCAAACCCCCGUUUAUUCCAAGGCGAGGUACACGGUUAGGUCGUUUGGAAUCAGGCGUAAUGAGAAGAUAGCAUGCUACGUGACUGUGAGAGGUGAAAAGGCCAUGCAGUUAUUGGAGAGCGGCCUGAAGGUGAAGGAGUAUGAGCUUUUGAGGAGGAAUUUCAGUGACACUGGUUGCUUCGGGUUUGGCAUCCAGGAGCACAUUGAUCUGGGUAUCAAGUAUGAUCCUUCAACUGGUAUUUAUGGUAUGGACUUUUAUGUUGUUUUGGAGCGUCCAGGGUACAGAGUGGGUCGUCGCCGCAGAUGCAAGUCGCGUGUAGGAAUUCAGCACAGAGUGACUAAAGAGGAUGCAAUGAAGUGGUUCCAAGUCAAAUAUGAAGGAGUUAUCCUGAACAAGUCUCAGAACAUAGCUUAGUAGAGAGAUGCCUUUACUAUCUAUGUUAGUUUUUGGAAGUUUUGGUUGGCUGUUAUGUUGGUUGAAUUUGCGUAACUUGAGUUACAAUUUUAAUUGAUAUUUAUGACUUGGUAGAAUCUAAGUCCCUAAUUAUUUUCUUUUCUGGUUUAUGUGAUAAUAUCUCGUGUCUUUCA